UGCACCAUUAUAUGUUUCCCAUGUUUAAAAACUCCCCAUUCACAAUCCUAAAUGGCUUUUAUUCGAUUGCAUUUCGAAUGAACAAUUUAGCGGGAAAACUCCCGCUCUGCGCAUUUCCGUGAAGCCUCAGUAGUUUCCGUUCAGAUGAGUCAUUUCUCGAGGAGACCAGACGGAGCGGCCGAAGCGGAGCGACUUCCCUUCACAUCGCACAGGAGUCCCGGCGGCGCGACACGAAAACCAACGAGCCCUUCGUCCUCAUCCUCAUCCUCGCCAUGUCGGCACCGCGGGCCAGCGGGACAGCGUCCCCUCUUCAGAUAUGCAGGAUCAUGCGGCCGGAUGACGCCAACAUUGUGGGCAACGUGCACGGCGGCAUCAUCCUGAAGAUGAUCGAGGAGGCCGGAUGCAUCGUCGGUACGCGACACUGCAACGCACAGAGCGGAGACCGCUGCUUGGCCGCUCUGGUUCGGGUGGAGAAGACGGAGUUCCUGUCCCCCAUGUUCAUUGGCGAGGUGGCCCACGUCACGGCUGACAUCACUUACACCUCUCAGCACUCGCUGGAGGUGCAGGUCGAAGUCAUUGCCGAAGACAUCCUCACAGGUACCAAAAAGCUGGCCAACAAGGCAGCUCUGUGGUACGUCCCCUGCUCGCUGCAGAAUGUCAACAAGGUCAUGGAUGUGCCGCCUAUCAAGUAUGCCAGUGAAGUACAAGAGGAGCAGGGCAGAAAGCGCUAUGAGGCUCAGAAGCUGGAGAGACGAGAGACCAAAGCGAGGACUGAAAUGGUGUUGCCGCCUCCACCGAACCCAGAGAAUCCACCAAAGGAAAAACACACAGUUGGUUUCAGCCAGUCCAGUCUGAUCCAUCUGGUGGGCCCCUCUGACUGUACGCUGCUCAGCUACGUUCAUGGCGGUGUGACCAUGAAGCUGAUGGAUGAGGUCGCCGGCAUUGUGGCAUUUCGGCACUGCAGCACCAACAUUGUCACGGCCUCUGUGGAUGCCAUCAACUUCCAUCGCAAGAUUAACAAAGGCUGCGUGGUGACCGUGACGGGGCGGCUCACAUACGUGAGUGAAAGGUCUAUGGAAAUUGAAGUGUUGGUGGAUGCUUCCUCGCUGGUGGAGGCAGACCAGUAUCGUGCUGUCUCUGCCUUCUUCACCUUCAUCUCCCUGGACAAGGACAAUAAACCUCUGAAGGUCCCGGCUCUCGAGAUUAGCGGAGAGGAGGAGACGAGACGUUUCGAGGAAGGCAAAGCCCGUUACCAGCAAAGCAAAGCAAAGAGGAAUGCAGAUAGGCAGCCCCAGAAGUAACGCUGCUGUUCACCGGAGUAAAACGUCUGCUGCAACACUAUCGACCCCACGCAGCCCCCACAGUAUGAAGGAAAUAAAAAACAUCUCACCCCGUUCCGUUGUUGUAGAAACCUGUGACAAUGUUUCCUGUGCACCAAACUGUCCACAUAUGGCUGUUUAUGUAUUUAAAAUUAUUAGUACAUCUUUUAAAUUGUGGUUAUUUGAAAUGGUGUAUCAAUGCAAACCAAAUGACAGUCUGACUGUAGAAGUAAGAGAACUAUUUUAUUUUUGGAAGAUUGGUAUGUAUGAAGACUUCUUGUUUGGUGUCACUGCAAAGCGAUAGUUGGAAAUGUGUCAAUAAUUGAGUGAAUAAUAAUGAAUAAAAGAUCCAAGCGCGA